AGGGGGAGGAGGGAGGCAAGGCAGGGGCAGGAGGAGUAGUAGGAGGAGCGGCGCCGUCUUCGGAUCUAGAUAUGGAGGCCCGGCGUGCCAAGGCUCUGGACCUGCUGUCCCGCGGCUGGCCCCCGCACAUCCCCCUCCCGCUGCCCCACCCCACACCCUCCUCCUCCACAACACCUCUCGGAGGAGGGGGCGGCAGCAUGCAUGGAGGCACCGGCGCGGCACACACCUCGGUUUCGUCCGCCUCCGCUGCUGCAGGGGCAGCAGGGGAGGCAGGGGCAGAGGGUCCCGCCUACGAUCCAGAUCACGCGCUGGUGUUGUGUCGGAUGUACGGAUUCCGACGGGGGCUGUUGUUCCUGUACGACAGGUUGAGACUGCCCCGGGAGGCGCUGCAGGUCUACAUGGCCGCGGGGGACUACGAUGGCCUCAUCGCCGCCGUACUCAAGUACGGAGAUGUGGCCAGGGGCGGUGACCCCGUCCUGUGGUCCGAGGUGCUCGACUACUUCGUGGCCCGGCACGACAGCAACCCGCCGCUCAGCGACUGCAGCGGACACAUCAUGCAGGUGAUCGACCAUGUGGAGCGCAGCGGGGUGCUGCCCACCCUCAUGGUGCUGCAGACGCUGUCUCGCUCCCGCCGACUGCCGCUGUCGCUGGUUCGCGGAUUCCUGGCUCGGUCGUUGCAGCGGGACACGGCAGCAGCCGCCCGAGACAGGGAGGCGGUAUCCAAGCUGGCAUCCGAGACCACCGCCCUGCGCGAGGAGGUUUCCCGCCUGCGCACCAAACCACGUGUGUUUCAAAACUCCCGCUGCUCCGCCUCGGGAGCCCCCUUGGAGCUGCCUGUCGUACACUUCCUGUGCGGCCACUCGUACAACCUGCGGCAGCUGGGAGACAACGAGCGGGAGUGCCCGCUGUGCGGCCCCGACCAGCGGCGGGUGCUGGAGAUACGGAGGAGCCUGCAGGCCGCCUCGCUGCAGCCCGAGCGCUUCUUCUCCGAG